UGACUGAAUUUUAUCCUAUGAUGUCUAUAUAUAUUUUGAGGAUUGCCAAAAGACUGUUUGUAUAUGCUGGCUCUGGUGAUCAUGCAGUUCCUUAGAUAUCCCAAACAAGAUGAUGCAAGAACUUGCAAUUAUGGGACUCGAAUUAAUUUCUGCUCUGGGGGAAAAAAUAAAAUUUAUCCUUUAAAUUUCAUCUCCCACGUAAAACGAGUUUUAUUAGCACAAGAAUAGCGAACAGUAAGAGCAAUGAUCAUAAACAGAGAAGUCUUUAAGUAAAUUCAACGGUUGGUGCGGUAGUUGAAGACUUGAAGAGGAGCAAUUAAAUUAAAAGUAUCGUUGACCAACUGAAAUAUGUCCACACCGUCGCGGAGAUCGGUUGCCGUUGCCGUGAGCGGCGGGUCCAAGGGUAGCCGGCGAGCAGUGCAGUGGGCUGCGGACAAUUUGGUCCCUCAAGCCGAUAGGUUCAUCUUAGUUCACGUCAUCCCUCGAAUCACUUCAAUUGCAACACCAACUGGAGAGUAUAUUCCUAUUUCCGAAGCAGACGCCGAUGUGUUUGCAGCUUCUGUGCUGGAUGCGAAACUAAAAUCUGAACAAAUCUUUGUUCCGUUCAAGAAACUCUGUGAUUCAAACACGAUGGAAACAGUACUGCUAGAAGAUGACAAUGCUGCAGAAGCACUUCUUAGCUUUAUUUCGGAGUCCGGGUCCCAAAUAUUAGUGCUGGGUUCUGACUCCUCAAAUUUCAUAACAAGGAAGCUAAAAGGACCUGGGAUACCAACUACCAUUCUAAGAUGUGCUCCUGACAGUUGUGAUGUAUAUAUUGUAGCUAGAGAUAGAAUUAUAUCCAAGUUGGCUGACUUUUCAUCUUCACGUUCUCAUGAGACUAGCCCUAGGUACUUCUUGUCUACUAAAGUAAAUAAAGAGGACAAUGGCAUUGGCAGAGAAAUGUCUGGAAUUAGUUCAUCCUCAACUGAACCUAAAAUUCUAAGGAAUUUCCGGUUUUUAUCCAUAUCAGAGCGUAGUUACAUUGGUCUGCAAUCAUCUAGUCGUAGGAAUUCUUUUGAAAAUUCUACCAAAAAUGAAGAACAAAAUUCAGAAAACUGUGGAGAUGAUAUUGAAACUAUCAGCCUCCACUCAUUUGAUUCCAUUGCUUCUGCACAACGUGAACAGUUAGUCAUGCAAGAAGAAGUGGAACGGCUGCAGCUGGAGUUGCAAAAUACUAUCACCAUGUACAAACAGGUCUGUGAAGAACUGGUUCAAGCUCAAAACCAGGCCCUUUUACUUUCUUCUGAAUCUCUUGAAGAAACUAAAAUAGUUAAUGCUUCCUUAAAAAGAGAGGAGAUUUUGAGAAAGUUUGCUGCUGAAGAGAAAACAAAGUACUUAAAAGUCAUGAAGGAGCUUGAGGAGGCGAAAAAUAAGUUUUCCAAAGAGUCAUAUGAAAGACAGAUGGCUGAACUUGAUGUCCUUAGAGAAUCAAUAGAAAGACAGAGAAUUGUGGAUACAUUGCUCUCAAAUGACAGGAGAUACAGAAAGUACACCAUGGAUGAAAUCAAGCUAGCAACGAACUUUUUUGCUGAGGACUUGAUAAUUGGUGAAGGAGGAUAUGGGAAAGUUUACAAGUGUAAUCUUGAUCACACACCAGUAGCUGUAAAGGUUCUGCACCAGGACGCAAUCAACAAGAAAGAGGAGUUUCUAAAAGAGGUUGAGAUUCUUAGUCAACUACAUCAUCCUAAUAUGGUAUUGUUACUUGGAGCCUGUCCUGAGAGUGGCUGUCUUGUUUAUGAAUACAUGGAAAAUGGAAGUCUAGAAGACUAUCUUCUAAAAAAAAAUGGAAAACCACCACUUCCUUGGUUUUUUCGAUUUCGUAUAGUUUUUGAAAUGGCUUGUGGGCUCUCAUUCUUGCAUAAUUCAAAGCCAGAGCCUAUUGUCCAUCGAGAUAUAAAACCUGGCAAUGUCUUGUUAGACAGAAAUUAUGUGAGCAAAAUUGCAGAUGUUGGGCUGGCUAAACUCCUUGUAGAAGUCGUGCCUGACAAUGUCACAGAGUACAGAGAAUCAAUUCUUGCCGGUACUCUGCAUUACAUGGACCCAGAGUAUCAGAGAACUGGCACUGUCAGACCAAAAUCAGAUGUAUAUGCUUUUGGAGUUAUAACUCUCCAAUUGAUAACUGGUCGACAUGCGCGUGGACUCAUUGUGACUGUUGAAGAUGCAAUUACAAAUGGCUCCUUCCGUGAUAUUUUAGAUCCAUCAGCUGGAGAUUGGCCACUGGAUGAGACAGUGGAAUUGGCUCAAGUAGCCCUUAAAUGCACUGCACUCAGAUGCAGAGAUAGACCAGAGAUUGAUACUGAAGUUCUUCCAAUGCUCCAAAGAUUUUCUGAUGCGGCAAAUGCUAGUGCAAGGAUGGGAAGAAAUAGUGUAAGUGCGCCAAGCCAGUAUUAUUGUCCAAUCCUUCAGGAAAUCAUGGAUGAUCCAUAUAUUGCUGCGGAUGGGUUCACUUAUGAGUACGUAGCAAUCAAGGCAUGGCUCAGCAAACACAAUGUGUCACCCAUGACAAAGCUUAAACUUCAGCAUUCUGUGUUGACUCCAAACCAUACUUUACGUUCAGCCAUUCAGGAGUGGAAGUCUGGAGUGACCUUUUGAUUAGUAAGCAGUGAAAUUUCUUACUAGUUACCGCUCAUCACAACCCACUUUUACUUGGGGCAUAAAAACAGUCACAAUUUGAAUUGUACAAAAGGUUUGAAAGAUAGGUGAUGAGAUGGAGAGAUAGAAAAAAAAAUAUUGUAAAAAGUAUAGUAAGAAAUUGUUGUAUGAAAAGUAUAACUCUGAGAAUUCAGCUGCACGUGCUGCUAUUUUUUUUUUUUUUCCAUUUAAGGUUGCAUAUAAACUUUCUUUAGCCAUUGUAUUUAUAGCACAAGAGAGAAAUGUUAGCAGCGUGACGGCGUGCAGACUUUUCUUACGAACUUUGGACAAGAAUGAAAGUUUAUUGCGGAUGAAAUAUUAGCAUAUUCAUGUAUAUCGUGACAUUGUUCCAUUAUUAAAGUAUUGGCACGUUAUAAAUCUAAUGAUCAUAAUAUAAUGGA